AUGUCGAGUUCCUCUAAACAACGUGACGAACUUCCCGAAGGCCUCUCCGAGAACGACACGGAACUACAGUACCCACCAUUCAUGUCACAUCGAUUCCCAGCGUUCCAAAGUGAUGAGCCGACCGAAUGGUUCAACUACAUGGACAACUUUUUCGUCAAACACGGCAUAGUCACGGACAACACGAAGAUCAAUUUCGUGCUUGUCGCCCUCGAUGAAAACGCCACCAGGUCGGUCGCCAAACUUUUGGGCCCGUCGGCGUCUUACGACGCCAUUCGAAAAUGCCUCAUCGAGGCGCCCGUCAAUUUGCGCCCAGCUGUAGACGUACUCCCGGGCACCUCGACGGCUUGUCGUCCGUCUCAGCUUCUCGCCAACUUGAGGACUGCUCUACCCGAAAACGUCGACCAGGAAACUAUCUUAGACUACUGGCUCAUGAAACUGCCGAGUAAUAUUUUUUCGGCGGUCGUCAGUCUUGAUGGCGAAAUCGAUGAGCUCGCACACCGUGCGGACAUUAUCUUCGAGGCGGGCUUGCCUCACGCCUUCGACUUUGGCAAACGUCUAACGAUGCUCGAAGAAGCCGUCCAGUCUCUGAAGCUGCAGUUUCAGGCUUUUCGAGCCCUCUUUGAAGACCCCCGGAAACCGAGUCCGCUGGCACAGCCUCAAGAUGCAGCCAUCGCGACGCCCCCCGAAAUGUGUUAUUACCACACGCGUUACGGCCGCAAAGCUAGACGGUGCAAAUAUCCGUGUAUUUACAAGGUCACAGAGAGCGACUCCAAUGCUGGACCGUCGCCCGCUGGCAACUAG